AUGAACAAUUUAUUAAAAAUUUUAGCCUUAACCUGCCUCAUAGUAUUAAUUACUUGCCAAAAAUACUCUGGUGAAGAUUACUAAAAAUAAACUCGUUAAGAAAAACUUUCUUAACUCUUAGAAGAAAUCUUAAAAGACUCUACUCCUGGCAAUUUCCCUAGUACUCUAAGUUUAGCUGGUAUAUUCACUGAAUCAAUGAAAGUCACAAUGAAUCUCUAAUCAGACUAAUUCCCUGAAGGUCGUAAAAAGUUUAUCCAUUCAGUCGGAAAUGUAGCUCAUGCUUAAUUUUAAGCCGAACCAGAUACUCCCUACACUGGCUUCUUCAAAGGAGCAGACAGUUUAUUAAUUAGACUUUCAUGUGCUAAAAAACCAAAUCCAACCAAGGAACCUUUAAAUAAUUUUAUUCCUGGAAUUGCUUUGAAAUAUUUAGUUGAUGGAUAACCUUCUGCUAAUUUAGUGGCUAUGAAUUCUGUUAAUGGAAUACCCUCAUGGAAUUUUUUUGCAGAAGAAAUAUCAAAUCACAUAGGACUUGCCUCAGGAUUAUCUUUAAAACUACUCUCUUAAAAAUUCGCAUCUGCAACAAAAUAAAUUUAAACUGUUGGCUUGAAAGCUUUUGCUUCACAUGAUUAAAACGGAAAAGCAGUAGAUAAUGUCAAAUAUCCUUGGAAAUUGAUUUUUAGAGCUCCUGAUAAUAUCAAAGAAAUGUUUUCUGAUACAUUUAAAAACUAUUAUACUGAUUAAUUGAAAACUAUUCCCGCAGAAACUGUUCUUUAUGAAGUUUUUGCUGUUGAAAACCCUGAAGAUGGAUGUUAAAAGAAAAUAGGAAAAAUAUUUUUGAAAAGUAAACUUAAUACAAGUAAAUUUGGUGAUUAAUAAUUAUUUUUCUAACAUUAGGAUAUGGAAAAUGAUUUGAAAGAAAGACCUUAAUGGAGAGAUUAUACACCUUCUUGGAGUUUUUGGAAUAUAUUUAAUACUCCAGAUAAAUAAACUAAGAAAAUAGAAGGAAAAUGUCCUUUCAAACAAAUGUUUUAAUAUUGAUAAAAAAUAUUAAAUGAAGAAAAAAAAAUUCACAAAAAUUUUUUGAUAUUAUCAUAAAAUUAUAUCUAUUUUAUAAUAUUUAUUUAAUGUAAUGAUUUUUACUUUAAAUGUAAAAAGAAUUCAUAUAUUA